CACAGCGGAAGGAGACGACGGAUCUCCUGCAGGACAAUGUGAGACACCGAGAGUUGAUCCAACGCAGUUAGCAAGCAGCCAGAGCCAGGAUGGAAGCGGGGAUCGUUUAACUCGCACCGUAGCUGAAUUACAACACGAAUAUCGUCUUUAAAUCCGCGUUUUUUGCCCGAGGAAGCGGCCGCAGCGAUGGGAAUACGGCGCUGAGGAGAGAGCGGCGGCAGGGCCAAGAAACGGGAGAAAGAUGGGUGUCGUGCUGCGGAGCCUGUUGUUGUGUAGUUUUUGUUUUCUCAUACGAGGCGUGCCGCUGCUGCUGUAUGCGAACCGACGAGACCUUCGGCUCGUGGACGCGGCACAUGAAAAGGCCAACGCCACGGUGGUGGUGGGAGGGCUGGAGGACGCUGCUGCCGUGGACUACGUCUACUCCCUGGGCCUCAUCUACUGGAGCGACGUGAGCGAAGAGGCCAUCAAACGCACCGUCUUCAACCAGUCGGGGGCCAGCACGAUCCAGACGGUGGUGCCGGGUCUGGCCUCCCCGGACGGGCUGGCCUGUGAUUGGUUAGGGAGGAAACUUUACUGGACGGACUCAGAAACCAAUCGGAUCGAGGUGGCGGAGCUGGAUGGAUCUUUGAGGAAAGUUUUGUUCUGGCAGGAGCUGGACCAGCCGAGAGCCAUCGCUCUGGAUCCAGAACGGGGGUACAUGUACUGGACAGACUGGGGUGAGAUCCCAAAGAUCGAGCGGGCGGGGAUGGACGGGACGAAUCGAUCCAUGAUCAUCGAUAAAGAGAUCUACUGGCCCAACGGGCUGACUCUGGAUUACAGCCAGCAGAAACUGUACUGGGCCGAUGCCAAACACAACUUCAUCCACCGCUCCAACCUGGACGGCUCCUCCAGGGAGGUGGUGGUGAAAGGAGAGCUGCCUCACCCCUUCGCCCUCACCCUGUACGAGGACACGCUGUUCUGGACCGACUGGAACACCCACUCCAUCCACUCCUGUAAAAAAGAGACCGGAGCAGAACAGCGAAUCGUCCACUCGGACAUCUUCUCGCCCAUGGACAUCCACGUCUUCAGCCCCAAGAGACAACCCAUCUUGAGCAGUCCAUGCUGUGUGAAGAACGGAGGAUGUUCCCACCUCUGUCUCCUGUCUCCGGUGAAGCCCUACUAUCAGUGUGCCUGUCCCACCGGAGUCCAGCUACUGGAGGACGGGAAGACCUGCAGAGAGGGUGCGACUCAGAUGCUGCUGCUGGCUCGGCGAACAGACCUGCGGCGAAUCUCUCUGGACAUGCCGGACUUCACAGACAUCAUCCUGCAGGUGGACGACAUCCGCCACGCCAUCGCCAUCGACUAUGACCCGGUGGAGGGCUACAUCUACUGGACGGACGACGAUGUGAAGGCCAUCCGCCGCUCUCUGCUGGACGGAAGCGACGCCCAGUUUGUGGUCACGUCCCAGGUGAACCACCCCGACGGCAUCGCGGUCGACUGGAUCGCCCGAAAUCUGUACUGGACCGACACCGGGACGGACCGCAUCGAGGUGACCCGACUCAACGGGACCAUGCGCAAGAUCCUGAUUUCUGAAGACCUGGACGAGCCCAGAGCCAUCGUGCUGGACCCCGUGGCCGGGUACAUGUACUGGACUGACUGGGGCGAGGUGCCAAAGAUCGAGCGAGCAGAUCUGGAUGGGAUGGAGCGACUGGUGAUGGUGAACACCUCCCUGGGCUGGCCCAACGGCCUCGCACUCGACUAUGACGAACGAAAAAUCUACUGGGGAGACGCCAAGACUGAUAAGAUCGAGGUGAUGAACAUGGACGGGACAGGUAGACGGGUGCUGGUGGAGGACAAACUUCCUCACAUCUUCGGCUUCACUCUCCUGGGCGACUACAUCUACUGGACAGACUGGCAGCGUCGCAGCAUCGAACGUGUCCACAAACGCACCGCAGAGAGAGAGUUCAUCAUCGACCAGCUGCCCGACCUCAUGGGACUCAAGGCCACAUACGUGCACGAGUCCUUCGGUACGAACCCGUGUGCGGAGAAUAACGGCGGCUGCAGUCACCUCUGCCUCUACAAGCCUCUGGGCGUUCAGUGCGGCUGUCCCAUCGGCCUCGAACUCAUCGCCGACAUGAGAACCUGCAUCGUCCCUGAGGCCUUCCUGCUCUUCUCCCGCCACACCGACAUCCGCCGCAUCUCUCUGGAGACCAAUAACAACAACGUGGCCAUCCCGCUCACCGGCGUCAAGGAGGCCUCGGCGCUCGACUUCGACGUCACCGACAACCGCAUCUACUGGACCGACAUCACUCUGAAGACCAUCAGCCGGGCCUUCAUGAACGGCAGCGCUUUGGAGCAUGUGGUGGAGUUCGGUCUGGACUACCCAGAGGGGAUGGCGGUGGACUGGCUGGGGAAGAACCUGUACUGGGCCGACACCGGCACCAACCGCAUCGAAGUGGCCAAACUGGACGGGCAGCACCGUCAGGUCCUGGUCUGGAAGGAUCUGGACAGUCCACGAGCUCUGGCUCUGGAUCCUGCUGAAGGGUACAUGUACUGGACCGAGUGGGGCGGGAAGCCAAAGAUCGACCGAGCGGCGAUGGACGGGACGGGUCGGAUCACUCUGGUGGCCGACGUGGGCCGAGCCAACGGGCUCACCAUCGACUACGCCGAGCGCCGCCUCUACUGGACCGACCUGGACACCACGCUCAUCGAAUCCUCCAACAUGCUCGGUCAGGAGCGUGAGGUGAUAGCUGAUGACCUCCCUCACCCGUUCGGCCUGACCCAGUACCAGGACUACAUCUACUGGACCGACUGGAGCCAGCGCAGCAUCGAGCGAGCCAACAAGACCAGCGGUCAGAACCGCACCGUCAUCCAGGGCCACCUGGACUAUGUCAUGGACAUCCUGGUGUUUCACUCGUCCAGACAGGGAGGCUGGAACGCCUGCGCCUCCACCAACGGACACUGCUCCCACCUCUGCCUCGCCGUCCCUGUCAGCAGCUUCGUCUGCGGCUGCCCCGCGCACUUCUCCCUCAACUACGACAACAAGACCUGCAGCGCUCCGACUUCGUUCCUGCUGUUCAGCCAGAAAACUGCCAUCAAUCGCAUGGUGAUCGACGAGCAGCAGAGCCCGGACAUCAUCCUGCCCAUACACAGCCUGAGGAACGUCCGGGCCAUCGACUACGACCCGCUGGACAAACAGCUGUACUGGAUCGACUCCAAGCAGAACGUCAUCCGCCGAGCUCAGGAGGACGGAAACCAGAGUAUGACGGUGGUGUCGAGCUCUCCGGGCGGACCCAGUCAGGGUUUGCAGCUGUACGAUCUGAGCAUCGACAUCUACAGCCGCUUCAUCUACUGGACCAGCGAGGUCACCAACGUCAUCAACGUCACGCGAACGGACGGCAGCAGAGUCGGCGUGGUGCUGAGGGGGGAGCACGACAAACCCAGGGCCAUCGUCGUCAACCCGGAGCGAGGGUACAUGUACUUCACCAACCUGCUGGAGCGUUCUCCAAAGAUCGAGCGGGCGGCGUUGGACGGGACGGAGCGCGAGGUUUUGUUCUUCAGCGGUUUGGGGAAACCCGUCGCUCUGGCCAUCGACAACGAGGUGGGGAAGUUGUUCUGGGUCGACUCAGACCUGCGACGCAUCGAGAGCAGCGACCUCUCAGGAGCCAAUCGGAUCGUGAUUGCAGACUCCAACAUCCUGCAGCCGGUCGGACUCACCGUGUUCGGAAACCACCUGUACUGGAUCGACAAGCAGCAGCAGAUGAUUGAACGAAUCGAUAAGACGACCCGGGAGGGGCGCACCAAGAUCCAGGCUCGUAUCGCCUACCUGAGCGACAUCCACGCUGUCCACGAGCUGGACAUGAGGGAGUACAGUAAACAUCCAUGUACCUGGGACAAUGGCGGCUGCUCCCACAUCUGCAUUGUGAAGGGAGAUGGGACGACGCGCUGCUCGUGUCCCGUCCACCUGGUGCUGCUGCAGGACGAGCUCUCCUGUGGAGAGCCUCCCACCUGUUCUCCGGAGCAGUUCUCCUGUACGUCCGGCGAGGUGGACUGUAUCCCUCAGGCCUGGAGAUGCGACGGUUACGCAGAGUGUGACGACAAGAGCGACGAGAAGGACUGUCCGGUCUGCUCCGAGUCCGAGUUCCAGUGUGACAGCCGGCAGUGCAUCGACCUGAGCCUCCGCUGCAACGGAGAGUUCAACUGCCAGGACCGGUCGGACGAGAACAAGUGUGAAGGUGUGACAGCGCGUUGUCCUCCGGAUCAGUUCACCUGCUCGAACGGACAGUGCAUCGGAAAACACAAGAAGUGCGACAACAACAUGGACUGUACGGACAACUCAGACGAGAUGGGCUGCUAUCCGACGGAGGAGCCGCCGCCUCCGCCCAACAACACCAUCGGCUCCAUUGUGGGCGUGGUCAUGGCGUUGUUCGUGGUCGGCGCCGUGUAUUUCGUGUGUCAGCGCGUCCUGUGUCCGCAGAUGAAGGACGACGGCGAGACGGUCACCAAUGAUUUUGUGGUUCAUGGGUCGUCGUCCGUCCCGCUGGGAUACGUGCCUCAUCCGAGCUCGCUGUCCAGCUCGCUGCCAGGUAUGUCCAGAGGAAAGUCCGUGAUUGGCUCCCUCAGCAUCAUGGGCGGGAGCAGCGGACCUCCGUACGACCGGGCCCACGUCACCGGAGCUUCGUCCAGCAGCUCGUCCAGCACCAAGGGAACCUACUUCCCCCCGAUCCUGAAUCCUCCUCCGUCUCCUGCCACAGUCCGCUCUCAGUACACGAUGGAGUUCGGUUAUUCCUCCAACAGCCCCUCGACUCACAGAUCCUACAGCUAUCGGCCCUACACCUACCGCCACUUCGCCCCUCCCACCACCCCCUGCAGCACCGACGUGUGCGACAGCGACUACACGCCUGGACGCCGCGUGCCGCUCAAGUCCAGCACCGCCGCCACCGCCGCCAAGGGCUACACCAGCGACCUCAACUACGACUCGGAGCCUUUCCCGCCGCCGCCGACGCCCCGCAGCCAGUACCUGUCGGCGGAGGAGAACUGUGAGAGCUGCCCACCGUCGCCUUACACCGAGCGCAGCUACUCCCACCACCUCUACCCGCCGCCGCCGUCGCCCUGCACGGACUCCUCAUGAGCCCAAUCCCGCGCCCAGCCCCCCCACCCCCACCCCUCCACACAGCUCCACCCCCUCACUGUAAAUAGCAAUUGUGCAUAUAUGAGGUUAAAAAUGGGAAAGAGAGACUGACGCACAGAGGAGGAGGAGACGCAGGACGAAAAAAGGAAAAACGAAACGGAGCUGCAGAACAUUUGUACAUUGAAAAAGAGAAAAGCAUAUUUAUAUAUUUUCUAUACAGUGUUUACUGAUGAUGCCAUGGAGGUUUGUAUUAAGAAAUUUGUACAUUUUUUAAGAAAAGGUUUUAUUAAAAUCAUCACAAAUAUAAGUUGCCUUAAAGCAGGAGAAAAAGAGGCUGAAGGACAAAAAGCACACGGUGGAAACUGAACAGCGGGACGUUUAACUUAUCUGAUGCCAAAUACGAAAAACAUCCACAGCCACAGGAGGAGGCCGGCAGAGCUCCCCCCGCAGGCUCCUCCUGGCCGCUGCACAGCUCGGCAGCCAUCUUGUCUGUAGUUGCCAUGUGAACUGGAUGAGGAGCGGCCGGAGAAGAAGCCAGUCUGCGUGGCACAGGAUGCGGUGCCGGGUCUUUGAUUUGAAUUUACCUCCUCUUCAUUUAUGAGACGGUUCAUAGGAUCGUGUCAGUCGUGGGUGUGAGUCAUGUGAUGAAGAGUGAAGACCAGGGCACAAGUUCUGAGCUGAAGCAAUAACACUGAAAGGCACAUAUUUAUUACCAGUCUGUCGCACCAGGAGCUGGUCUGAGGACGGACGAAGCGAACUGUGUUUCAUUAAACCUACGGAGGCCCAGAGAGGACACGAGCACAGGCCUUCACAAACUUCCUGGGUUUGCUGGUGUCCCUUCGGGGCCUCUGUAAAAAAAAAAAAAGGACAUUCCUUUUCCGCUAAAUGUUGGAGAUGAGGUCGGCGUCACAUGACUCACAUCCAGAAACCCUGACGAUGAUGAUGGCGAUGUUCAGACAGGGUUUAAACCAAAACGUACGCUUGUGUUCGACACGUUCUCUGAAACGUUGAUGUCUGACUGCAACUGUUUCACAGUGAACGACCCAAAGCUGCACGGCGAACGCAGGGUGCACUCAUCACCUUCCCUCCUUCCUGCUUUUCAGUCCCUGUUUUCACUGGUGGAGGAAGCAGAGUUUCCCACAAAGAACACGAUCUUGUGCCUGACCAGUUACACAUCUGCAUAACUUUUUUAUUUUUGUGUUGUUGUUGUUACUUUGAGGAAAAAAACACAAAGGAAAUCCAGUGCCCACUAAAUGCUCUAUAGUAUUUUUGUACCACAUAUUGUGUAGAUAACGUAUUUAUAAGCUAUAUAGAAAAUCAUUGUAAAUCUAUCCAUUGAA